AUGAAUGAAAAUAGUAAAAAGAAAUUGCCAUCUGAGAAGAGACGCGAGAAGUUCCACGAGCUCUUCAAAUCCAUCCCGAAAAAUGAAGGGCUGGAAUACUCGUGUCCCUGCAUUUUAAAGGACAAUUCAAAGUACUUUCAGGGCAGGAUGUACAUCAGCAAUGAACACAUUUCAUUCUUUUCGAAGAACUUCUUCGGGCGCAUCACCCUCAUCAUAAACAUCCGAAACAUCAUAGCCAUUGAGCUGAAAACCACGAUGAUUCUGUCGGGAUCGCUGGAGAUAAUCACAUACGACAAAACGUACAGUUUUAAGUCUGUGUUCUACAAGGAAGAGGCAUACCCUAUUGCCCUGCUGCACUGGCAAAAGUUAAUGGGCCUGCCCUCAAAUGUAAAAAGCAUAUUCCAGGUGGACAUUCCCAGGCCGAACGAAAUGGUGGAAGAAAGAGCAAUGUCUGAAGAGGAGAGAGUAUUUGACAUCGAGCUAAGGAAGCUCGUAAGGAGCAUUGUAAACACACACAGCACAGUUAAGUUCUAUCAAACGCUGACAAAUGACGAAAUAGAGGUAAAGACAUACACGAACAGAAGGACCAUCCAGUUCUCAAACGAGUUCAUUGACGAGGUGUACUCAGUGAACAAAAAUGCCAUUCUGAUAGAGUACCACUCGAGAGGCACGCUGUGCAGGAUAUUCAUAACCGCUGAGGCAAAGGGGAAAACGAAAGUGAGAAUAAUAGAAAAGUACAACUACACAACACAGCACUAUUUUAAAUACAUCGAAGGCCUUGUAGGUAGCAGCAAAAGCAGAAAACAUUCGCAGAUUGCCAUGCUGUGCGUGUGCAUCUUGGGCAUCAGCUUGAAAAUAGCAUCGAUAUUCAAGUAUCUAUACCACGAGUAUGGUAAAUGA